GGUGCAUGCAAAACAAAUCAAGAAAAUCCAAGCGUUGUGCUGGGUCAAAAAUCAGAUCAGAUCGCAUGAACUGCCAAAACACGUGAUGUUAACAACUACUCCAUUUUUUUUUGUAAUCAGUUGUGAAAAAUAUAUUUUUAAUUAUUUUAUUUUAAUUAAAUUCCACGAAUUAUUAGGAAGUUUUUUUGCGAUUAGUUUUCUUCAAGUCUAAAUAGUUGAGAGUUAAAUAGUCAUUACCGUCUGGAAAUGGGAAGAUGGGGAAUCUUGUUGGAAACAAAAGGAAGCCCAAUCCUACAAGUUGUUGCUGGUAAUUGGCAGAAAUGAAUUUCUUCUUGGGCAGUCUGUCACGUCAUCUCAAAUCUGGAUUAUCCAGUUACAUCCAUACAAGACUGCUGUAGGCUUUCCUUUGUUAAGUUGCAAAGAAACGUUUCUUAGCAAGGAGCACUGCCAUGGAUAAAAGCGAAAUUGAAGCAGAUGACAACCUUGCACCACUGCCUUCGUCAUCUUUAGUUGUUGCAGUAGCCAUCAACGGAAAAAGAAAAAGCAAAUAUGCAGUAAAAUGGGCACUGGAGAAGUUUGUUCCUGAGGGAAAGGCUACCUUCAAGCUGAUGCACGUCCGUGCAAGGAUUAAUUCAGUUCCCACACCUAUGGGAACAAUUCCAGUUUCACAAGUUCGGGAUGAGGUGGCAGCAGCUUAUAUGAAGGAUGUGGAGUGGCAAACAAGUGAAAUGCUUCUUCCUUGCAAGAAGUUGUGCGCUCAGAAAAAGGUGGAAGUGGAUGUUCUAGUGAUUGAAUCUGAUAAUGUGGCAAAUGCACUAGCAGAGGAGAUUGCUAAGCUUGGUAUCAACAAGUUGGUUAUAGGAGCUUCAUACCGUGGCUUAUUUACACGGAAACUUAAAGGUCUAGCCUCGAAAAUCUCAGUCCGCACUCCAAGAUUCUGUACAGUCUAUGCUAUUUCAAAGGGAAAGUUGUCUUCUAUACGCCCAUCGAAUAUUGAAAUGACUAGAAGCCUUAAAGAUGACAGUAGCGAGGCAAGUUAUUCUACCAGAAGUUCAUCAUGCUACACUUCCAGUUCACUGACAGACCUUGGUUCAGUUGCUUCCUACUCUCAUGCUGGUUCUCCUUCCCUACUAAUGCAGCAAUUUCAAGCUCUUGCAACUAUUAACCAGACCCUUCUUAAGACAGGAAAAAGUUCAUUUGAAACCAGCCAGUCUUUAGAUGUCGAGGAAGGGAAGGAUGAUAUGAGUUCUUGUCCCACUAAUGAAGAUUCUGAGCAUGCCAUGCGUCAGGUCUCCAUCUUCAAAAGCAUGCCAACAGAUAAUCAGUCAUGCAUUUCUGAUCAAGUUUCCGCCUCAGAAAUGCUCACCGAGUAUCCUUCAUCUGAGACCCAGGAAAAUAUUAGUUUUGAGCUAGAAAAGCUAAGAACUGAACUCAGACAUGCCCGAGGAAUGUAUGCAAUGGCUCAAAGUGAGACAAUUGAUGCCUCCUUGAAGCUGAUCAAUCUGAAUAAACACCGAUUGGAGGAAGCAAUGAAGCUCAAGGAGAUCAAUCUCAACGAGGAGAUGGCCAAAGAAUUAGCAAGACAAGAGAAAAAGAGGUAUGAAGCUGCUGUAACAGAAGCCACAUACGUGAGACAAUGUGCUGAAAGAGAAGCUUCCCAACGUAAAGAAGCAGAGAUGAAGGCUAUUCAUGAUGCAAAAGAGAAAGAGAAACUUGAGAAUGCUCUUGUGGGUCCAGUACAGCCAUACAAAAAGAUCACAUGGGAAGAGAUUGUGUCUGCCUCUUCAUCCUUUUCUGAAGAACUUAAAAUAGGGAUGGGAGCAUAUGGAGCAGUUUAUAAAUGCAGUUUGCAUCAUACAACUGCCGCAGUGAAAGUUCUUCACUCUAAAGGGAGUCACAUGACUAAGCAAUUCCAGCAGGAGCUUAAAAUCUUGAGUGAAAUUCAUCAUCCACAUCUACUCCUCCUUCUUGGAGCAUGUGUAGAUCAUGGUUGCCUCGUGUAUGAGUACAUGGAGAAUGGUAGCUUGGAGGACAGGUUGCUCAGGAAAAAUGGUACAACCCCUAUCCCUUGGUUUGAGAGGUACCGAAUAGCUUGGGAAGUAGCCUCAGUGCUUGCCUUUCUUCACAACUCAAAGCCAAAACCAAUUAUCCAUCGCGAUCUGAAACCGGCAAACAUAUUGCUUGACUACAACCUUGUAAGCAAGAUCGGUGAUGUUGGCCUUUCUACAAUGCUUCGUUCAGAUUCUACUUCUAUGUCUACCUCAUGCAAGGACACGGGGCCUGUUGGAACACUUUGCUACAUAGAUCCUGAGUAUCAGAGAACUGGGUCAAUCUCUCCAGAAUCUGAUGUCUAUGCUUUUGGGAUGGUGAUUCUGCAGUUGCUGACUGCAAAGCCAGCAAUGGCACUGGCCCAUGUGGUGGAAACUGCUUUGAGUGAUGGUCAUUUACUGGAAAUUUUGGACCAAGAGGCUGGGAAUUGGCCAAUUGAGGAGACAAAGGCAUUGGCUGAACUGGGACUGAGCUGUGCUGAGAUUCGACGUAGAGAUAGACCUGAUUUGAAAGAUAAAGUACUUCCUGCACUGGAGAGAUUGAAGGAGGUUGGAGAGAGGGCUCGAGACUCGAUUCCCAUAGUUCUAUCCCCACCUAACCACUUCAUCUGCCCAAUUCUAAAGGAGGUGAUGAAUGACCCUUGUGUUGCUGCGGAUGGUUACACUUAUGACCGCGGAGCAAUAGACCAAUGGCUUGAAGUAAACAAUAAAUCGCCAAUGACCAAUAUGCCAUUGCCCAAUAAGAAUCUGAUCCCAAAUUUCACGCUUCUAUCUGCGAUUAUGGAAUGGAAGUCUAGAGACCAAUAACAUCUUCUAUAAACUUGUCCGAAUAACACUGAGAUUUGCUGCAGAAUUACUUGAUUUUUCUGAGGUUGUCGAGUAGAGGAGUCCAGAGACACACGACAUCUGCCUUGGUUUAUAACGGUGCAAUUUCUCAAAAUAAGAGUUCUCUCACAGUUUCCAGGAAAGUAUUCAUGCUAACGCUUUCAAUUGUUUCUUUGCAGAGUCCUUACUCCUUAGCAGAAAAUAACAUGUAUUUAUCUCAAUCACGAUAGUGCCCUCUUAGAACCUUAGAGCAUUGAAUGACACAGAUGUUAGUAUGCAGAUGUUAGUGUGAUCAUGACGUUGUAGUUCUUACAUGUUGAUAUUAUGAGUGCAUGUUUCGAAGGCAACUAUCAUUUCUUUACCAGGGUUUCAUCUAUCUUCGCCAGUGUUCAAUCUGUCUUAGUU